UUUAACCCUUUUAGGACGAGCGGACUAUUAAUAGUCCGCACUAGUUUUGCCGAAGAAGACGAUGCGGGCUUUCAAUAGUCCGCACUAGUUUUACCGAAGAAGACGAGCGGACUUUUAUGUGCCCGCCGGUUUACGUUUGCAUAAUACUCACGUAAUAUCGAAAAUACGAUGAACAAAAUUAGUUUUCCUUGUAGAGGCACAUCCUGAGACAGGAAAUGGAGUAUUUCGGAACUUAUCUUGGCCAAACAAUACAACAUAUGUCUAUUUUUAGAACAGCUGCACGUGAGCGCCUAUUGUAGUGCCAGUCGGCGGAGCGCGCCAAUUCCGUCUAGUUUGUUUACAUUCAGUCAGUCACAGUGCGGUCGCGUUGACUAUAGUUGAUUGUUUCAGAUCAGUUAUAAACUUAGUGUUUAUAGAUUUAUAGUGAAAUGUGUUUUGUUCAACUUCUUUUGUGAAUAUGGAUCAAUUUAACUUAGCUGAUCACAGCAGUGAACUGGACCGUGAGUUACAAUACUCAGAAAGUGCAUCUGAACAUUCUAGUUCUGAUUUUGUAGACGACACGGAUGAAGACCCUGACUUCCAGCUUGAAGAUAUAUUUUAUGACUCUGAAGAUUUUAUUAACCCCACACCAUCCCCGCCCAAAAAUAUUAGGUUACCCGUGAGUAUACCUUCACAUGAAUCUGACAGCGAAUCUGACAAUGUUGACAGUAGGCCUAAUGCUGGAAAUAGGAGAGUAUUGAGCAGUUCUGAUGACGACGAUGAUGAUAUUGAAAGUGAUUGGGAGGAAGUAGUUGAGAGUAGCCCACCUAACAUUGAACACCAUUUUGACUAUCAAGAAACUCCUGGUCCAAAACAUAUACCACAAAAUGCAAUAAAACCUAUUGAUUUUUUUAAUUUAUUUUUUACUACCGGACUGAUUGGGAAUUCGAGUGGAGUCAACACUCUGGCGGCUCUGAAGCCAUAA